UUGCGAGUUAUAUCAUGCAGGAAUGCGCCGUCCGCCUCAUCUGUGAGCAUCUUCGAAGUUCAAACAAUGAGUAUAUGCUGAUGUGCAUCUCAGGUUGGUACCAUGCAAGCAUCCCACUUGAAGCAGUGUGGUUUACGCCGUUGUUCCAGAUGUUUGGGGGUGGUAGCCAGAUUGCUAGUUCCGUUGCCUGGAUCGUCAUUGCAGAUGUCUUUCUUGUGGAUAAAAGGCUACAUUCCUCAUCAGCCUGAAAGGUGUUGUCAACCUUGUCGCCUUUCUUGUCAUAUUACCUCUCAUUUCCAAGGUCCUUGGAAACUACCUCUCCCCGAUACGAAGAGAUCUCCGAAUCACACAGUCCAGUAUCUGUGUACUGAUAGCAGGCUUCGGUGUCAUGUCAGUCGCGGCUCAUCCGGCUCUUUUCGGUAUAGGGUUAUCUUUCUCGGCUCUUGGGUGGGGGUUUUACACGACAUUGCGGAGCGUUGGAAGCGCUUUAGUGGCAGAAACUCAUGUCGGGCUCUUCAACACAACGCUCGCACUGGCCGAGGCAGGGGGCUCCAUGGUGGCUGGACCGCUCUUGCUGUUCUUCUCAGAGCGGGAAUAUGUCCAGGGCAGACAUUGCCUCAACGAUAACAGAUGGCCAUGUUGCAGCACGUCAUGGAACCUUCAGGGGUGGUGAUGGAAGGGAAUUCAUUAUAUGUGCAAGAUAGCGAAGACACCGGGUUCACCACAUGAUCUCCCCCAGGCGGUCACCAUCGUCACCCCAAACUGCAAGAGCGAUCCAUGCAGAUUGAGACCUUCCAGUAUUGUGCUAUGGAGACUAACUCGGGGGAUGUCUACAAUGAUAGC